AUGCGGCAAAAUCUCCUUCAUCCCAGGAGCCGGCUCUCCAUCACUCAAUGGCUGGAAAGGAGUUUACUUUCCUUCUGGCCAGUUUCGGUAAACCAAGCGGCUUCUUACUGCAGCAGAAGAGCAGGUCGGAAAAAUCAGAUGCCCUCUCCCAUAGAUCCAUCCGCGAUCUUCGGAAAGCAUCUACUUAUGGACGAAAAACUAGAAGAAAACAGGGUGCUUUCUCCUUUUUCCUUUCAACUGGUGCUCAGCCUCCUUGCCGCUGGCUCUGCCGGUUUCACCCGCCGUCAGCUUGUCAAGUUCUUCGGCGUUGAUUCAGUCGGCCGGCUCAAUCGCGACGCCUCCCAAAUUUGCGGCCCCAUCAUGGCCGAUGCCGCUGUCGGCCCUCGUAUGCGUUGCUCCACUGGCUUGUGGCUUGACCAAUCCCUUACUCUGAAGGCCUCUUUUAAGCAGAUUCUAGACUCUCAUUAUAGAGCCGGUCUGAACCCAGCGGACUUUCAGGCCAAGGCAACAAAUGAAUUCCUGGGUGGAAAUGAGACAAGUGGCCUGGUUAAAGACCUUAUACGUGAGGGGUCUCUCAACAGCUCAGUGAAGCUCGUCUUUACAAAUGCACUAUACUUUAAAGGAGCAUGGCGUGGGGAAUCACUUCCAUGCCUUUUAAGCAAUAGCCAAGAGGAGCAAGAAGACUUUGAUUUAGAUCCCUUCUCGGCUGCCAUGAGCAAGGAAGAAUUUGGUAGAUGGCACAGGGGUUACACAAUGCUUAUUCAACAAUUUAAAAAGCCUAGGAAAGACGAGCGCGAUGCCGAAAUGUAUUUCUGUUUCCCAGGGAUAGACGCUGAAGAUGGGCGAAGAAGCCUUGUUCGUGAAACCUUAAUGGAUGCAGGCGGGCACACGACCCCAAAACUAAAUAUUACUUCCGAGAUGGAAGCUUGUGAUGCGCUGAGGGGACUGGGGGUGACAUUGCCAUUUUCUGGAGGGAAGUUGACGGAGAUGUUAAGUCGUUUUAAUGGUCGGAAGUUAUAUGUUUUGAGCAUAUUUCAGAAGUCAGUGCUUGAAAUGAAUGAACAAGAGACUGAAGCUGCAUCAGCCAGCACCGUGAUUGUAACGUCUGGUUGCCCACCAUCUUUGCCGCCGGUACCUACAAUACGCGCGGAACCUGGAUACCCCUUCUUCUUUCAUGGAGGUCUUCUCGCCGCUAAAACAGACUCGGCGUUUAUGGCAUUAUGUCCUUAG